CUUUCUCGGAGCCCUACAGUGGUGACAGGAAAUCCCAAAUAUCUGUAUUCAGCAGUAAUUCCCAGGAUGCAUUUGAUGAAAUUGAACUGAUUGCUCCACACACUGGUUCUUCAGAAUCUAUAGAAUAUCUGGACAAUAGCUCUGACAAAGAAUUUCUAUUAUCGGACUCAUCAGGUAAGGACUGCGUAUGUUCAUUCUUACCGAGAGAAGAUUUAAAAUAAUAUUAAUAAUAAUAAUACCGAUUGUAUAUAAGCUAAUUAUAUUUAAUAAUCUGUGAUGUGGAGGAGACUAACAUUUCCUUGGACCAUGUUUUAACUAUAAAUAACAAUAUAUAUAACUUACAACAAGUUUAUGUGUGAACUAUAAAGUGCAAAAAGUAUUAUUUUUUUUGCCAUGCUGCCAUGAGAGAAGGACAGGCCCUUGUCUUCGAGACAUAUAUUUAAAAGCAAAUACCAAAAAGCAAAUGUCAAAACGGAAAGGCACUCCUAAAUAGGUGUAGUAUUAUUAUUUAUUUAUUAAUGAGACACUAUUAAUGGGAAAUUCCUUGCUUUGCACAGCAAAAAAUGCAGGACUGACGCUCAAUGUCUCCACACUCAGCAAAGAGAUGCAUUGACUCAAUGUUGAUUGGCGCAGAGUGGCAAUUUCCUGAGCACAAGCAAUUAUCUCCCAAUGCUUCCCUGUGGGGAACCAUUCAAUUGGCUGAGAUCAUCAGGUUUGAUGAUCUCAGCUUAGGAGACCGGCACGCCAGGGGAAUAAGGUAAGAAAAACUGCUUUUUUUUUUUAAUAUACUCAGGCAGGAGCCAAACAUCUAAAUAGUUACCAGAUCACUACACUGAUCAGCUACAACAUUAAAACCACCUGCCUAAUAUCGUGUAGGUCUCCCUUGUGCUGCCAUAGCAUCUCUGAUACCUCGAGACGUACUCCAGAAGACCUCUGAACAUGUUUUGUGAAACCAAGUCAGAGCAUUGCCUACGUCAUGUCCAACCUCAAGUUUUAGUCCACAUAUAGAUAAGAUGUCUAGGUCAUAAAAUUAGACCGAUUAAGAUGUUUCCAUGUGAAAUUUCUAAGUCAAGGCUAUGCUAUUUAAUGGUCAAGCUAAGUUAGAUUAGGUUUGUUUUUCUAUUUUCAUAACAUGACUUUGUUGAAAAUCUAAGAUAUAAAUAUGUGUACUUGGUAAAAUCAGAGACAGAGGAGAUAAUCUUGGAUGCAGACACGCUGCUCCAUUUUGUCAAGACUAAGAGGUUGACUUGUUCAAGAAGGUAUUUUAUUCUAUGUCACUGAUAUUGCAAGAAUAUACUUUAAUCUUAUAAACUCUGCUGUAAAUUCUUUUAAUGGAGUAAGUUAUUAUUUGUCUGUAUUUAUAUUUUUAUUUAAUAAAAUAAGUUAAAAUACAAAACCUGACUGCUUCCGAAACAAUCCCAAUUUUAUAUUGUAUUAUCAAUUAUUUAUAUAUCUUAAAUAGAGGAACUCUUACUAAUUAUAUAAUAUUAUAGGUAAAAUAUCUGUUAGGUUAGCCCUGCUAAGUUCUAUACUUUAAGACAUUAUAGUGGUAAAUAGGGGAACUGGCUGUGGUUUACCGAAUGGUGACGGGGAAGGAAAAGAAAGCAGAGAUAUGACAUGUUUCAUACUUUCAGACACUUCAUCCUAGACACAUUCUUCCUCUUGUAAACAUGUUGUUUUUGUAUUGAUCUUUGAUUUACAUUUUUAGGAUUUGCCAUUUGUUUUUACAUUGAAAAAUACAUUGUUAGCGUGCUAGGGUGCAAAAUUCCACAAUGAACUUCAAUUCUAAAAAUAUUAUCUAAAACAAGAGUAGUUCAUGUGAAAUCACAGAGAAAUGGUCUUUGUUCUAUAACAUAGUUUAGAGACUGGUACAAGCUGAGAUCUCUGAUCACAUGAUAUUUAAAUAUGUGGGGACAAGAUAUUCCCUAUAGAAAGGCUUGAUAUCACGUCAUUCCUAUAAAAGCAGAGGCAUUUCACAAAAGAAGUUGCCUUUGUAGGAAUGUAGUGUUCUGUGCAGUGCAACAAGUGCUGUUCUAUAAUGGAAUUCCCAUUGAUGACUCUUGAUGCCUCCAGCCUGCUCCAGAAAGUGUCUUUGUAAAAGUUUAGUGUUGCUCUAUGCUGUACAACGUAUGCUGCAAGACAAUUGCAGACCUUACAGUCUGCUACAGUUCCUGUUAGUAUCUGCCACAUCUGAGUUUUAUCUGGUCUCCAUUCUAUUUCAGAUCCUGUACUUCUGCUCCUCUUUUUUGACAAGCUAUGCUCCUGGCGCGUGGUGGUCUCUCUUUCUGGAGACCCUACGCAGCUAGUAAUGCACUCGGUAUGUUGGAAUGCAGCCAUGCAUGCAUGGUGCAUGGCAGGGCCGGACUGGGAAAAAAAAUUAGGCCCUGGCAUUUUUCAAUCAGAGAGGCCCCCUAGGAAGGGGGUGGGGACAGAGAGGGGGUGUUUUGUCAUAACUAAUGAGCAUGUUGGUUCAAUGCUCAGAGCCCCGCUGAAGAGCUCUAGCAUUAGAAAAAGGCCCUGUAUUUGUUCUGUGCAGCGCAAGCAAAUUUAAUAACAUGCUUGAGCUGUGUUUGCUUUUAAAUUGUCUCUGGUGUCUCCACAAGUGGGCCAGGAAAGUGUAUGGUGCCUGUGUUUGGAGCCUGCUUGUGGGAUUGCGUGUGUGUAGAAUGUGGUGUGGUAUUGUGUAUAGGUCAAUUUAAUUUGUGUUUGUGGUGUAAUAUGUGUGGCUAGGGGCUGUAGAGAGUGUGUGUACAGGGGCAAAGUGUUAUAAGGGAUGUAGCGAGUGUGUGCAUACGGGCUGUAGUGUGUGUGUAUAGGUGAAGUAGUGUGUGUAGAGGUUGUAGAGAGGACGUGUUUAGAGAAUGUUGUAUGUGUUUACUUACAAGGAAUGUAGUUUGUGUGUAGGAGAUCUAUUGUGUAAAGGACCCAGAGUGUGUAUAGAAGAUUGUGUGUGUGUGUGUGUGUGUAGAGGAUUAAGAGUGCAUUUAGGGUAAGGCAUCUGGUGUGUAUCUGGAGCGUAAUGUGUGUAGUGGUGCAGUGUGAGGGGUGUGUGUGUGUGUAUAUAUAUAUAGAUAUAUAUAUAUAUAUAUAUAUAUAUAGACGUAAUGUAUGUAUGAGGUGCGCAGUGUGUGUGUGUGUGUGAGGGUGUUUUUAUCUGCCGUCACAUUCUAGGUUUCUAAUUUUCUUUGUCUGUUAACUCACUGAGGGUUAUUAUAUAUAUAUAUGUGUGUGUGUGCUGUAUAUGUGUGGGAGUGUGCUGUGUGAGCGAGGGUGCUGUCUGUCUGAGGGAGCUCUGUGUGUCUGAGGGUGUUGUGUGCGUCUGAGGGUGCUGUGUAUGUGUGUGUGUCUGGGGUUGCUGUGUGUGUGAAUUUAUUUUAAUAUAUUUUUUAUUAAUAAAAAAAAAAGUUAUACCCCCCCCUCCCUUCUUACCUUUAGCCUGGGAGGGGGUGGGAAGCUGGGUUUCCAUGGGGGGGUGCCGUGGUGCCAUGGAGGGUGCUGCCUUCCCUGGUGGUCCAGUGGUGAGAGUGAACUCUAGCCUGCAGGCUAGAGUUAACUCACGUGAGAUCUGAGCAUUGCCGUGGUAACCGUGACAAUGCUCAGACCUCGCGAGAUGACCCGGCGGAGAUGCUAGCUAGAGCUCCGCCGGUCCUCUCCUCACUCCCUCCCCAGCCAGCGGCCGCAUCUCAGUGCCUCUGGGCCGGUGAGGGAGAUCUUUGAUCCCCACCGGCCCAUGGAGGCACACAGCAGGGCCGGGGCUCAGGUAGCGCUGGCCCUGCAGGAGCUGGCAGGGGAGAUCCUGUGAUCACAUAUAGUUUUUGACAGACACAUAUAUAAACUCACUGACAAACACACAUACACACUCACUGACAAACACAUACACACUCUUCCUGACAAACACAAAAACACUCUUUGACAGGCACACAUACAAACUCACUUACAAACAUAUACACUCUGAGGAUAAUUCUCCAUGUUGAAGUACAGGAACGGAUAAAGCAGGAGAAUCGUUGUGGGUAAGCCAGAGGUCAGAGAGUGCCAAAAACCAGGAUAUAUGGAGUAACAAGCCAAGGUCAACAGGAAUCAACAGGAGCGCACUGGAACACAAACAGCAAUACGGAACCAGAGUCAAGGAACUGACACUGCCUUCUGGGAGAGGCAGUGUUUUAUACCUGGCUAAAGAGACCAUCAUCUUCAGGUGUACCAAGAGUGACAGGAGUAAUUCCAAUGCAUGUCCAGCCCCCAGUGCUGGAUACAAGACGGAGCUAGAUACUGGCAUUACUAAAGCUGAAUGGUGGCUCAAAGGUAACAUAGCAGCCCCAGGACUGGGGCAGUCACUUCCUCCCAGCGUCUGGCAUCAUCAGAGGGGGCCUGGUCGCGCUGUUAAAGAGAAGCACUAAAUUAGAUGAAAAUUCAAGGAGAUGAGGCCUGCACUAUGAUGUCACCAGAGGAGGAGAAGGCAGCAACACUGAGUUAGUCUUGGUGUUUAAAAAAAAAAAAAAAUGAAAACAAACCUUUUCUACCUUUUAAAAAUGUUUUAAUUAGGGGCAUCUGAAUUUAAAGCAGGGAGGAGAACACUACAGCUUUAGGAAUACAUAUUUGUAUUUCUAAUACUAUAGUUUCCCUUUAAAUGUGUAAAUACAUACUUACCUCUAUACUGACAAUGGACGUCUUAAUCUUGUCUCUCUGUCAGCCAUUGUUUUCAGCUCUGCCAUAUUCUGUCAUCGAACACGGCAUGUAGACAUAAAGAAUACUAAUUUCUGUUCAUCUCCCGUUAAUGCAAUGUGUGCCCUGGCUGAUUGAACAGGAUUGCUCUUUAAUGAACAUGUAAAAUAAAAAGGAGCAUGAUAUGAAAAAGGUCAACAAAUGUUCUAGAUAAUUUUCAAUGUUAUAUUCAAUAUUGUAAUUUCAAGAAAAGUGAUAUUUCUCCUUUAACACAUUUAAACUGAUUUUGGUUUACCACGCCAUUGAAGAUGCAGAUGAGAUAUUGGAUAUGCUUGACUUCCAUACCCUAACCUGAGGCCAGCUAAGAUGACAGCUGGAAAAUUCAGUAAUUACAUGGAUUUCAUGAGAUUUUUAGAAAAUUUCCACAAACUGUGAAUUUCUACAUAUUUACCGUUCAUACAUCACCCAUGACUUACUUAAUGAACUAAGACUUGCUAUCCUUGGAUGAGAUUCAUCAGUGCACAUCCGUAUCUUAUUUCACUCUUAAGUAGUGCGCUCUGAUAAACGUGCCUACUGUAAUUUCUACGAACACUCUGCUUUAAGAAUGAUCAUUUUCAAAAGACUGGCCAGGUUUAAAAUAGCAUUAUUUCCUAAAAAGGUCAAAUAUGUAUAAAUUAGUGAUUCAUAAAUGGACACUCCAAGCACCAUAACCACUACAGACCACUAGAUUAUGGCAGUGGUUAUGGUGCCACAAAUGUCAAUGUGCACUCCCAGAGUAACUUGUAGAACCAUUUCAAUACAGUUUGACGACUUACCUGGAUCCCCCCCCCGGAUGCCUAUUUUGCACCUGGCUCUCCUGCAAUGAGCUAACCACAGCCGACACAGGACCUUGUUCAUUGGUUAAGAUUGUUCAGCUGACAAACUCAGCAUGUGAGCAUAGCCCUGCAUGGCUUUGAUUAGCUCAGUGGAGAUAACUGGAUUUUCCUGGAUGGAAAACCUGAAAGCAGGGGCUGUACCGUGGUCGUCCAGUGGGACCCAGGCAGGUUUUACAAACAGUUUUGUGGUUCUGGUUAAAGGGACAGUCCAAUGCCCAAAUAGAAAAAAAAAUCACUGUUUAACAGAUAUACUUCCAAUGAAACCAUGCAUAAAUCCAUAUAGAUCUAAAGCAGCAAACCUCUUGCCUGAAGCCAUUUCUUCCCCAGCCCAGAGUUUCUGUGAGUGUCCAAUCACAGACUUCCCAUGUGCAUUGAACAUAUGCCUGCUUCUUGAGUUUAGCUCCACUGAGCUAAACAAACCAGUAAGUUACAGGGCCGGUUGUCUGAUUGACAGCCAGGGGGAUGUAACAAGGUUAUUUUAUAAAAAGGUCAAUUUCUAUUAAAAUCUGUACUUUUUGCAAAAUUUUAAAAAAGGACACAAUCUUCACAGAUUAAGCACCACUGCUAGCAAAAGUGCUUUUGGGGUCUGGAGGGUCCCUUAAAUGUGCUGGAAAUAUUCCUUGCUUUUUUUCUGGUAUCACAGUGUACUGUAACCACGCAUUUCAUAAUUAAAGAUCAAUGGUUGUCAUCCACAAAAAUAAACUUCUGUGACCAGUGGAUAUUAUUUAUUGUCAGUAGUUUUUUGUUAUUUUUGUUUAGUUGCAAAAUAUAUGAUAAAUUCAUGUUUUGCUUCCGGACAGAUAAAGCCAUUUGCCGACAUGAGAUCACAGACUUUGGAUGCUGCAGCAAUGAUGAAGGAAUACUUGCUGAUAUACGGCUGUCCCUUCUAGAUCAUGAAAAUUGGGGAAAUGAGAAUCAUAUUUUCGAAGCAAAUAUCGAGAGCAGUUCUUCAGUGAGAGAAGGUAUAAUUUAAAAAUAAUUCAAAGUGUUUUCUACACAAGGUAAUAUCUCAUAAAAUCAUUCACAACAAAGCCUGAGCAUGUCCCUUAAUUGUCAACUCCACUAAAACUGCUCUGGAGAAGCUCGGUACACUUUUUCUCCAGAUAUUUAUCCUAUGGGAGUAUGCAAUGAAAAUUCAUUUUCUAAUUCAGAAAAGCCCUCUUUUUAAACUGAAACGUUAACAGGUAGAUCGAGCCGCUGCAAUUUUCCAAGCAGCAACCCAUCCAGCUGUAAAAUUUGGUUCCCUAAUAACGAAAUGCCUAAUAAAAUAGCACAUCUCAAAACCUCCAUUAACCAUACAUCAUAAGGAGGAGCACAGACAGGUGGAUGGAGUCCAGGGGACCCCAUAUAUAUGCGAGUAGAAUCUGGCUCUUGUUCUUUACCUGGUAAAAUACUAGUUUUUAACAGAGCUGCGCAGAGGGUGGAGAGUAUUAAAGAGGAGGUCCUGGCAAUUGUUUACCCCAUUACUCCCCAGCUGUGCCAAAAGGCUAAGGGAUUAGUGAAUAACUAGGUGGGCCUCCAGUCCCUAUGGCACAUUUCUAAAAAAUAACCCUGCUUCCCUCCAUAAGCCCCUACUUAUAUGUGGACAAAGGGCUGGUUAAGGAUCAUGGAGGAUAGAAAUCUACAAAUGCGUGGGAACCAUGUUUUGCUGCUACCUCGCAUUAAAAAGAAGAAAAAAAAAGUUAAAUUAUCUUGAGAACUUGAGCUUGUUUCCUUUGGGAAAAAGAGGUUGUGAUAACAUUACAAAGAUUCUCGAAGACAGAAUGCUUAUUGUAGGGGUCAGUUUUUCUUUUUGCCAUUUGUGGCAAAAUUGGAAAUCAAUUUAAAUUGAGGUUUUCGCAUUAGUUUGUCUCACAGGCAGAAACAGAAACGAGGAAAGGGCUGAACGUGAUGGACUUUAAUGCUUUCUAUUUUUCACAUUGUAUUACUAUGCAAUUAGUUGAUGCCAUCGAUAUCUUGACGUUUGCCUUUGGGAAUGGUCAUGGACAUUAAAAAGUAUAAGCUAUGAUUGCAAUAAAUAUAAUAUAUGAGUGCUGACGUAAUAAAACUCUUAAACGUGUAUUUCUUUUUGAUGACUGAUUUAAAAUUAUUUUUCUUCACCAAAAGGAGGUUCCACUACUUGGCAAAUUCUACAAUGUCCACAUUUACAAUUGCAUACAAUAUAAUUUGAGAAGUGGCUAAUAGUCAAUGGGGCUUGUUUAUUUCUAAUAUUAGGAGCCCUCUAAAAACUAUUUUAUGCCCGGCCGGCAUAUUAUAUUUACUGUGAUUUUAUUAGGAUUCUGCAAGGCAGGUGCUCUGAACAAUUUCUGCCUCUUGAGUUUAGCUCCACUGAGCUAAACAAACCAGGAAGUAACAUGACCUGUUGUCUGAUUGACAGCCAGGGGGAUGUAACAAGGUUAAUUUAUAAAAGUCCCAAUUUGUAGUUGAUUCUAUAGGCUUUAGCUGCUGAUUUAUAACAUUGAUUUUAUCUUACUAAAAGAAACGAUGCAAAAUAUAAAUAUGUACAGCCAACCCAAUAUCUGAAUCCAGCCAGAGCUUAUAAUACUAAUGGUAGCUUGCUGUAACUGACCAAUGAGAUUGCUGGAUUUAACCACUUUAACUAUGUAUUUGACACAAGGAUAACACUUCAAGUCCAAGAUCAAAAAAGCCACAGUUCAAUUAUAUCCAUCCAUUGAAACACUCUUUGCAUAAACAUCUCAAAACCUCAAUGUGGGUAAAAAAAAAAAAAAAAAGCUAAAUAAACAUCCUAAUAAAUCAUCUGAACCCAUUUUCCUUCUUUUUCAAUUUUAAUUUGCAGACCUCCUAACUUCACACAUGGGCCCAUAAUGAAGUCUUUAUUUUCAUUAUCUACAGCUACUUUAACUUGCUCAUCUGUAGAACAAACAUAUUCAUUCUUUGUACAAAUCUGAACUUCCAUUCAUUAACUUUAUUACUAGCAAUCUGAAAUGGUUCAGUCUACAUUGGUCUUAUUAUAUAAUGCUGUCCAUUUAUUUUUUUAUUUUUUUAUAGCUUGCUUUAAAGGGUCUUUCAUUUCUAUAUUAUUAUCCAUUAACCUUUAGGCUGAACUAAGUUGAUACAACAAACGCAACUAAAUAGCUAUUUGUCAUCUUUCUUGGCAGGACUAUUGCUUCCUCCUGCACCUGCGGUCCUCAACGAGGCCAAUACAUCAGAUAUUUCUUCAAAUGCGACUCUAGAUGUUCUGGAGAAUAUAAACACAAUAGUAAGUUCUGCACAAUACUUUUUUUUAUUUCUUUUUGCUUUGUUAAGCACUUAGCUUUAUGAUUUAUGAUUCCCAUUAGUAGUGUUGAUUUCGCUAAAUUGUCAUAAUGGAGAGCUGAAUAAAAUACAUACGGCAUUAUUCUAUUCCUCAACUGCUUAGUCAAAAGCUUUGACGUCCAAGAAAAACGUCUUCGUUUAAAGAUCCUAUUCACUGGCCUCUGAUAUAUUUAUAUGCAAUAAAAAUGAACCACUGUCUGCAUUCAUCUACGAUGCAGAUAAAUAGACGGUCUUUGGCGUAGAUGUGAGUAGAUAGAUCUCAAUGGCUAGUGUCUUCCAUCUGCAGUCAGGCACUGAAAAGAUGUGUAAUAAAUUUCAGUUCUUUGUUAAUAUGCCACUGCAGCAGAUACAUCUCAAAUAAAUGGUUGUCUAAACUCAUUAUGGGAAAUCAAGUCAUGUUAUUCAGUGCUAGUAGGAAAAGCGAGUAAAAAAAAAUCCUGGACAUUUUUGUAAACUGUCCACUACAAAAAAAAUAAAAAAAAAUUUUUAUUCCUCCGGGCAAAAUUAGCAGCUGUAAUCAGUGUGUGUGCAUGUAUUAUUAUUAUUGAUACGAUUUAUAUAGCACCAACUUAUUGCGCAGCACUUCACAGUAAUAUGUAUGUAUGCAUCCAUGAACAUGUUUGUGUGUGUACAUGUGUAUGAACAUAUGUAUAUAUGUAGUUAAGUGUGUGUGUGUGUGUGUUUUUUUUUAUAUGUAUAGGUAUGUAAAUCUGUGUGCAUAUGUUUUUUUUUUUAUAAACAAGGGUAUAAUCAAUACUGUUGACCCAAAGUAUUUAGCAAUAAGUAUUAAAAGAAAGCCUCGGAGCACAACAUACAUGUUUUAUCAAUCAUUUAAUCUUUACUACAAAUCAUCAAUCAGGUGAGUUAAAGAACAAAAUAUAUAUGUGUCUGUAAUAUUAGUAGCAUGUCUUUUGAGUUUUCAAAUCAAGUCUAGCGGACAGCUCAAAAUCUGACAGUUUGCUAUUCAUGCAUAAUAUCUGAGCGUUUUACCAAUUUAGGCCACAAUUUAAUAUUUUGGAUUAGCUGUUCAGUUGAGCUCUGACUUAAUUUAAUUAAUUUGAAUCAGUCAGAAUUUGUUCCACACUGUUAGAACACUUUUUUUUAAAUGCUUCAGCCACAGAAGUCACCGUUAAAGUCUAUGAGAAUGUUUAUAGAUUAAUUAUUAAAAGUUUUUCGAAUAGGUUGUGAUCAUUUUCCCAAAAAAAUAUUAAAUUGAGACUUUAUUCAACAGACCUGUAGUUCUACAAAAAGUGCAUUAUUAAACAUUUUACCUAAAUAAACUCAAAUGUGAUUAAUAAAAAAUAUCUAAUAAUACAAUGUACUUUAUAACAAUACAACACAUCAUGAGAAAUAUGUCAUUUACAUAAAAGUGUUGUGUUUGGAUAGCAAUUAUUUUAUAUAUAAUACAUUUCUUAUUUGAUUGAUAUUGAUAUCCAUUAACCAAUUUUAGAUUAUAUUUAGAAACAUAAAAUUAACAUACAUUUGAAUUUAAGAAAAUAUUGUUAAUAAGCACCUAGUGUAAUGGAUAAUUUACAUUGAUCACUAUUCAGUAACACACUUAUUAAUAUAUUGUUAAUCUUAAAAUGCAGGUUGGAUUAUAAAUGUAAAUUUGUGAAGAUUAUGGAUAUUGAUUAUAUAAUUUGUUUAUGAUUACCGUAAUACCAUCCUUUCAAUUUGUCCUAAAUCAGUGGAUGCGACCUUUUAAACUUUUAACUGUGAUUCUUGCCAAACCCCAAUGCAAUCAGGUCAACACAUGCUGUUUUUUGGAAGAAUUCUACAGAUUUUCUUGCAAGUUUAGCAAGACUAUAUAAUGGGUAGUGUGGAUAAUUAUUAACUGUUUUUUCUGAAGGAGCCUCUGCAGGGACAGGAGUAGAAAGAACUAGGGGUUACCAGAUGGCUGUAGUUUAUAAGAGACCAAUAAGUGUGAUUUUAUUAACUGCUAGUCUAUUGGAUUAUAGUAUGGAGCUAGAUUGAAACAGGCCUCCGGGGCUAUAUAGGUUUAUCAUUGUUGAAUUUCAGGAUUGGUGACAUUUGGAUAACUAGAGCUGAUGGGAAUUGUGGUUUAGUACUGAUGGAGUGUUCAGAAUUUUAACAACUCGCUUUUGUUUAUAUGAUUUAGUAUUCUAUGCAAUUGUUUUUUUUUCUUUAUCUUUUACUAAUAUAAACACUAUUCUGAGAUAUUCUUACGUCGUUCUGUUGUUUGUCUGGUCAAAUACAACUUUUUUAAAAGAAGGUUAAAUUAAAAAAGAAGUUUACAUACCACCAAACUUUAAAAAUCUAUAGAAAAAAAUGAACACUAAAAAACAUAUAUUUCUUUACACAUAAAAGCGUGUUUAAGAAUAAAAUACAUUAAGCGGUGCUUAAUAUGAAAAAAUUACUUUAAAAAAAUUGAAGACAACUUAAAGAACCCAGUUAUAAAUACAGAGCUUACUUAGUAGUUAUCUUUAUUGUGACACUGAAAAAUAAAAACAAAAAACAAAAGAAGAGUAGAUUCUCUUCCCCAUGCCUGAAUAGCAUUGUAACAAAAUAUAUGGUUUGGGUUUAAAGGUCAAACAAAGAAUAGUUUUCUUUACAGAAGAUCUGCUUGCUUUGACUUCUCACUCAGACCAUUAAAGGGAGACUCUAAGUCCCCAAACAACCAGGACCUGAUUUCCUAUUAGGCAGAGUAGGUACCUGCCUACAGGUGCCUGACCAUUAGGGGGCGCUUGUUUUCAGCACUUACAAUGUGCCUUUUUUACCUUUACUAGGCUGAAGUGGGGAAAGAUAAGUACCAGAAGCCUAGAUCAGUGUCUUCUGUAGUCCAGUCAGCCUUAACAGCAGACCUACAGGAACAGGUUUAGAGGGUGUAAAGUCCGAGCUCUGCCAGUGUCUGUGUGCGAGGCUGAACAGGAAGUGGAAGGGAUCACCUCCUUUUUGCCCACUAACAGUCUCUCACACAGAAAAUGACCUGCUGGAGGAGCAGGGACAGCACUGAGUGAUGCACUCUGUAUAACUGCUAAUGCAGCUCUAAUAUCAUCAAACUGACUGGUAUACAGUGGACAUAGAAGGGGGAAUACUUUUAAGUAACCCUUCAGACUCCAGCACUGAAAGCCUAAACCUGAAAAUAAACCCUUUACCUUAACCCUAUGUUUAACUCCUUACCAGUACCCCAAUAUAAAUGUAACCAAACUCUAGUCCUAAACUCAAUAAUAUUAAGCAGCCCUUAUUAGGGAUGUGCAUAGGAAAAAUAUUCUGUUCAGUUUGGCAAUCCGAAAUUCGUGACUUUGCCACUUCGGAACUUUGGCACUUCGGCACUUUGGUUCGGCACUUCGACACUUUGGAACUUCAGGACUUCGGGUAAAUGUAGGAUUAGGGUUAGGGUAGGGUUAGGUUAAGAGUAGAGUUGGUUUAGGGGUAGGAUUAGGGUAGGGGUAGAGUUGGUUUAGGGUUAGGGGUAGGGUUAGGGUUGGUUUAGGGUUAGGGGUAGGGUUAGGCUAGUGGAAGGGUUAGAGGUAGGGUUAGGGUAGGGUUAGGGUUGGUUUAGGGGUAGGGUUAGGGUUGGUUUAAGGUUAGAGGUAGGGUUAGGGGUAGGGUUAGGAAUAGAGGUGGGGUUAGGGACAGUGUUAGGGUAGGGUUAGAGGUAGGGUUAGGGGUAAGGGUAGGGUUAGGGGUAGGGUUAGGGUAGGGUUAGGGUUGGUUUAGGGGUAGGGUUAGGGUAGGGUUAGGGGUAGGGUUAGAGGUAGGGUUAGAGGUAGGGUUAGGGUAAGGGUAGGGUUAGGUUAGGGGUAGGGUUCUGGUAGGGUAACCUACUGCAUAUCUCCAGUAAUUGACAGUGAUAAAUUAUUCCAGAGAACUAGAUAGAGAGAUCUUGAACCUUUAGUUCCAAAAUAUUUAAAGACAAUACUAAAUUAAAUAAUUUCAAAUUAGUGCUGUGCUAUGUAGGGCGUACAUUUCCUCCAAUUUAAUAUUCUUCUAGUUUUGGUCUCUUAUUUACAAGUAAUAAGUGUGCUUCUGCAUCGUAUAGUAUUAAAAGUUCAUUUUCUAAAGCAAAAAUUACACAUUUUAAAGUAGAAGGGCAGUAAAAGUGUUUUGUUUCUGUAACUGGAGACACUACUCAGGCCAUCACCCACAGCUGAUUGCCUAGUAUUCUGAGAUCAUCUGCAUUAUUUUAUUGCCAUGGCUUUCUGCAGCAAUUUGACAAAGCAGUUUAGGAGUGAUAGUAUAAUAUUAGGUAACACCAAUCCCAAUAUAGCAGAUUUUAUUUUGGAUCUGGAUGAUAUGCUGCAAUGGCAAGCGUGAAAAUGACCAUUCACUGUCUAGAUCACGUAGGGGCGGCCUAUAAAUUUUGGAUGUGGUGAUCUUGCUUACAUAUACCUCGGAGCCUAGCCUGCUUUCUUGAGAUUCUGUCAAAACGCAGGUACCUUGAGCAGUGGCGUACACACAACCCAUGUGGCCCGGUGCGGAAAACUGAUCCAUGGCCCCCCCUCCCCGCACGCUUACUCUGUGCGGGCCAGUGCCGCAACACCUGGCGGCAGCACCUGGUCGCAGGAGCCGCAAGGCUGUGACUCAUGCGACCGCAGUACAUGCUGUAUGUACACCAGUGCAUGCAAAUACACAUACACUUAAAGGACCACUACAGACACCCAGAUCAUAUCAGCUCAAUGAAGUGGUCUGGGUGCCAGGUCCCUCUAAUUUGAACCCUGCAGCUAAAAACACAGCAGUUUCACAGAAACUGCUAUGUUUCACUGAGGGUUAAUCCAGCCUCUAGUGGCUGUCUCAUUGACAGCAGCUAGAGGAGCUUCCACAAUUCUCACUGUGAAAAUCCCAGUGAGAAGACGCUGAACGUCCAUUGUGUAAUGCUUUCCUAUGGGCGGUUUGAAUGCGCGCACGGCUCUUGCCGCCCAUGCGCAUUCGGAGCUGAGAGGUGGAUCGGGGCGGAGGGAUCACCAGCGCCAAGGGAGUUCGGUGCUGGAGAAAGGUAAGUGCUGAAGACACACACACUCUAACACACACGUUUAAAAAAAAAAAAAUUAAUCCCCCAACCUCCUUACCUUUGGGAGAGCUGAGGGGAUUCCCUGGGGUUCAGUGGUGUUGCUGGGUGGCCGGUCACCGGGUUGGCAGGCUGGCGGGCGCGCGAGGGAGCACUCUCCCCUGAGUGCUCCCUGUUCAGCUCCCUCGCGCGCCAUGUACUGAUGCCGGAGCUGGAAUAUGACAUCAUAUUUCGGCUCCGGCAUCAGUGCGGUGCACGAGGGAGCUGAACAGGGAGCACUCAGGGGAGAGUGCUCCCUCGCACGCCCGCCAGCCCGUCCGCCGGGUGACACCAGGGCCAGCUUUGGGGGGCCCUGAGGUGGCCGGCUCCUGGGCCCCCCAGGAGAAGAGGCUGGCCACACUGGGUACAUACCGGGUCGCAGGGCGGCCUGGCCCCCUGGUGGGCCGAGCCCGAUCGCAGCCGCGACCCCUGCAACCCCGGUAUGUACGCCACUGUCCUUGAGUCAUAUUUUCUGACACUGACCAGCUCUAACAAACUUUUGGCAACAGAUUUAAACCCUAGUUGAGUCUACCACGGGCAGAUCCAUACCGGAGACUUACUUAUUACACAUGCUACCCAGUGGAGUUAACAGAAGUAGUAAGUGAAUCUCCCCAGCUGUUUGAUUGGCAGCUGGGGAGGUGUUUCUAUUUUCAGAUAUAAAAGUGUUAAUUUCACAAUGAAAUUGUCACAUUUAUACACAUACAUACACAUAAAUACAUAUUGACAUACAUACAUAAUGGCAUACAUACACAUACAUACUGAUAUACAUACAUACAUACAGACAUACACACACACACACACACACAGAUAGAUAUAUACAUGCACAGAUACAUACAGACAUACUGACAUACACACACACAAACAUACAUGCAUACUGACAUACAUACUGAUAGACAUAUACAUACAUACAUACAUACAUACUGACAUACACACACAGACAUACAUGCAUACUGACAUACAUACAUACACACAUACAUACUGACACACACACAUACAUACUGACACACACACAGACAUAUAUACAUACAGACAUACAUGCAUACUGACAUACAUACACACAUACAUCCUGACACACACACACACAUACAUACAUACAUAUAUACUGACACACACACAGACAUAUAUACACACUGUAACGGCACCCUCAGCAUAAAAGGGUUAAACCGCCGUUUAGGAGAUCUUCCCAUUCCAGAGAUGCAGGCACAGCUACUGUAGAACACCAGACUCCCGAACCGCAUGUAAGGGAAUGCUCCAAUCUCCCGAACUGCAUACAAUGUAGCACUCCAAACUCCCGAACUGGAACCAUACGAAUAGCUGCUAGCAGACGAAUAGGAAAAGCACCCAAGCGGCUUACACUCCUAGCAAUCAGUCUCUAUCAGCAUACAGUAAAUCCCCCCAAAGACGAGACAAGGCUCCGUGUUGAGGGUCAAGCAGUGGUCUGUUUAAUGAGGGCUACCUGCCCAGUAUUUAUGCAGGUCUCCCACCUGGUGGACACUCCCCUAGGGGACCAAAUGGGAGACUGUAACAAAGGACAGACAAGUAUCCAUUUAGGACAUACAGUUACAAUAUAUUCCCACAAUGCAUCCUGGCUUCCUCCCCUCUGCCUGGAGGUAAUUGAGAAGUAAUUCAAUUAUCUCCCAGGACAAAGGCAAAUCGCCAUUAUGCACAUGGGGAUACUAGAAUAGGAAUUACUAUUAAAAUACACUAUGUGACCAAAAGUUACAAUGAAUAUAUACAUUUAACAUAUCCCCAGAUAGCUCAGGUCUGAGCGCACAUUAUUAAGCGAAUGGCGCUCAGACCACACGAAUACAGUUUAAUCGCCAUGGAGUCAAAGUGUUCAUAAAGUCAGUUCUCAUACGAAUGAGCUCCACGGGAUCCUAUCUGGGGUAUGGUGUAGUCAGGUACAACUACCAAAUACAGGGCCGUUCGUGCACUUCCACCGAACAAGAAGGGAGGUCGGCGGCUUCAGCGGUGUUUGCGCCAAAAUGCAUCCGUUUUCAGUUCCAUGAGUUGGGCGUCGAACACCGCUGUGCGUUCGCGUGUUUAAAAUGGCCGAGACCUCGUGUUCGGUAUACGAAUGGCGGCCACCCAGUAUUCGUCAAUUAAGCUGCGGUUAACCGCAGCUUCUGGGAGGCUAAUUGCCGACACACUCCAGCUCUCAGGAGAUCCAGUCAUUCGUGUGUUAGUUCGGUAGAUUGAAUCUACCGAACACCGGGCAGAAAAGCACGAAUAAGUCUUUUCCGCAGGAGAAAAGAGGUCUUUUAACAUGGGGCCAUAAUCCAAAGGCAACAGGCGAGCAACCAGGCUUCUCCAAUGCAAUGUGGCGAGAUUGGUCUCGUCACACACACACACCUCAUUUAUCAGCCACCUUCCUAUUCCUUACCUUUAAGUUACAGGAGAGUGGCUGGGGAUGAUGGGAGCGGAUGCCUCAGCUCUCCUCUCCUGUCCUCCGCUCUCCCCCCCGCGCAGAGUAAGCUGGGAGGAAGUGACCGGCCGUCACUUCCUCCCAGCAGCACUUGCGGUGUAGCCGCAUUUUUUUUAAAGGGGCCAUAAAUGCUUGGGCCCCUUGAUGGUGGCCCUGGCUGCUGCUAUAAAUCAUUCUGUCUGUUUCUCUCCUCUGUAUGUACUGCUCUCACGCAGAAGCUGCCCCUCCUACCUUGUUCCUCUUGCAGACAUUGCUCAGGCUGAAUUCAAUCAGAGGAGUUGCCAAGAGGAGGAUUUCCCUAAUAACAGGCAGGCAAAGCUGAGACGUCUUAUAUCUGUGUUGAUCAGCAUAGGUUUGACACAGACUUAAUUAAAUUGAGAUGAGGGUGAAACAAUGGCGGAUCCAGGGGGUGGGGCAACUGGGCAAUUGCCCCGAGAUAUAAGUGCAGCAUGAUGAGAAGGCUUCUGACGGCCCUUCUUCACUGCUGCCCUUCUAUCCACACCAGACAUUAGACUCCACCCCCUCAUAAAAGGUUCUGCACCCUGUUUAAGACCCACCCCUUGCUCUGAUCCGUUCCCCGGCAGCUGCUGGAAGGAACCAUCUGCACCCACUGAAGGAUAAUCCCAUUUCCACUACCAGUUCUACAUUGCACUACCUAGAAAUGUAUCUGUGUGUAACUGGAGCUAACGAGAUGCAACUGAUAUUGAUACAGAUUUUAGUUUGGAGUUGCUAAUGAUAGAGAGAAUGAGUCAUUUAUAUUAUCAUUCUCUGGUCUUCCACUGGAACCAAAGUUUCCCUAAAAAUAAUUUAACUGAAGAGUGCAUGGAACUGAAAUUAUGUAUUGAAGGAGUUUUUAAUUUUUUUUACAAAAUCAUUUUUUUUGCUUUCAUUUUGUAAAUGUUAAAUGCUGAUGUAAUUCCCCAGAAUGCACUGUUAAAUUAAUGGCAAUGACAAUUUUUGCUUCAACCUUUUUUCUUUUUCUUACAGGUAAAAAGCCUGGGAAACAUGAAUAUUGGAAGUGAAGAGAUGCUUUUGAGUGAGGCUGAAACAAAUGUAAAUAACAUCAAAAUGGAUUCCUCUAAGCUACCCAUUGUUCCAGACCUCCCUUCACCUAUGCAUUGGAAAG